AAACGAAAAAAACAAACAUACCUGCUUGAAGACCCACUGAACCCUUCAUAGGUAAUUAAUUCCCUCUUUGAAUCUAGGGAUUUAAUGCUCAAGUGAUUCAUUCGUUCCCCCAACAUUCAAUCUUCAUACCAAAUUUCACCUUCUAGGGUUUUGAAAAACCCUAAAUUGUUCCCCAAUCGUAAAUGGGCGCUAUGGCGAACAAUCGCUUCAAGCGCAACGCACAAUUUCAAUCCUCAUCACCCUCUACCUUCGAUUAUGAUCAUCCACACGUUUCAAAAAAGCUCAAAUCAUCUCAUCCGGUACCCAAUUCCAUCGCUUCAAGCGCCGUCUCACGCCUCCGUUUAUAUCCGCAGCAUGUAUCCCCAAUUGUCAGAGAAAUUCAAGCUCCUUGUGUAGUUGUUAGAGGAUUUACCGCAAGUUUGAAAAGAUUUAACGGUAGUUGUAGUGAAAAUAGUGGAAAAAGUGGAAAAAGAUCGGAUCUUUAUGGGAAUUGUGUUGUUUCAGAGUGUAAGUUUGUUGAUUCUGAGAUGGAGGAUGAUGUUGUAGAGGUUAUUGAUGUGGUUAAUAAUGGCAAUGAUGCUUCAGGGGAUUCAGGUGUUGAGGAGAUUGCAAUGGUGGAGAGUGAGAAAGAAGAGGUUAAUAAGUUAGUGGAGGUGCAGGCUAUUAGAGAUAAAUACAGGGAGUUAGAUGUGAAGGCGGAAGAAAAUCGUCGGUUUCAGGUUUCGAAUGAUUUAUUAGUGGUGUCAGAGUUGAUAGAUGGGAAGCCGUUGGAUUCGUUAUCUUUAUCGUUGAACCGUAGGUUGGAGGUGGAUGGUUUGCCUUAUUAUAAAAAGUUGUUGUAUGAUUCGUCUGAGCGGGACGUGCAGUUAAGUAGGUUGAAGUUUGAUAUCAGUUUAGUGGAGGAAAAGAGAGAUUUUUAUAAACAAUUGUUUCUUGCGAAGAAAGAUGAGGCGAAGGAAGAUGAGGACAUGUUGAUUGAGCCCUUUCGACCACUUGCCGAUGAUGACCUGGAAAUGGUGGCUAAUGCAUUUUCUAAUUCUAGCAGAAGGAAGGUUUUGGUCACUCAUGAGAAUUCAAAUAUUACAAUUUCCGGAGAAGUUCUAAGGUGUUUAAGACCUGGUGCAUGGUUAAAUGACGAGGUUAUUAAUCUUUAUCUUGAGUUGCUGAAAGAGAGGGAAAAGAAGGAACCGAAAAAGUUUCUAAAAUGCCAUUUCUUCAACACGUUUUUCUACAAGAAGUUGAUAAGUGGAAGGACGGGCUAUGAUUACAAGUCAGUUAAAAGAUGGACUACUCAGAGGAAGUUGGGAUACAGUCUCCUUGAAUGUGACAAGAUAUUUGUCCCUGUUCAUAAAGAAAUACAUUGGUGUUUGGCUGUCAUCAACAAAAAAGAAGAAAAGUUCCAGUAUCUCGACUCACUUGGAGGAGUUGAUAAACAAGUAAUGAGAGUAUUGGCCAGAUACGUUGUAGAUGAGUUCAAAGAUAAGAACGGGGAAGACAUUGAUGUUAGUUCUUGGCAGCAAGAAUAUGUUACAGACCUUCCUAACCAGGAGAACGGGUUUGACUGUGGUGUAUUUAUGAUUAAAUAUGCCGACUUUUAUAGCAGGGGACUUGGCCUCUGCUUCAAACAAGAACAUAUGCCGUAUUUUAGGUUGAGGACCGCCAAGGAGAUAUUGAAACUAAGAGCUGACUAAACAUCUUUUGUGCUGUGUUGUAAGCAUGUGGUGUAUAUAACAAUCUCUAUAAGGCAAAGCAUGAGGUUGAGGUAACAUAUUUCCAUGAUUUCCAUUUUUCGACGUCGUUGAGGCUUCAUCAAAGCAGCCAGAAAUGUAGUUAGUUAUAAGUUUUGUUUGUUUUGUGGGUUAAUAAUGUUUGGUUAUUAAGUUGAUCCAUCGGUUUUGAAAUUUUGAAUUAUGCGAACCUUUUUGCGAAAGUUGCAGUGGCCCUUUUUGCAGCCAUUGAUGCUUUUGGAUAGAAUAUCAGAUACUGUUUUUGUGGAUUU